UGGAAGGGGUGUUGCAGGUGCUGCUGCUGGCUGUGCUCGUGCUGCUGCUCGCACUGGUGGGCGGGCGGGUGGCGCAGGUGCUGCAGACCGCCACACCCGAGGGGGACGACUUUGUGCCGACGUAGCGGCGGGCACAGCACCAGUGCGGGCCACACGAGGCGGAGUGAACGGAACGAUGGGACGUCUGGCAACACCGCAGAGCAGAGCAUGCGUACCGUGGUCAUUCAGCCAUGCCACUGCGGCUGUCCGCCCUGCCCUGCUCGCACUCACCCCAUGGCAGCGCACACCCACGGUCCACAUGCCCACCCCACCAUGUUCCAUCGUAGCACCGCACCCUCUGCCACGAAGCCAUGGAGCUGACACUGACUGACACCUGAGCACACCCUGAGGGAGAGCACAUGAGACCACUUGAGCACCUGAUACCCACAUGAGGGCACCUGAGAGCACCUGAGUGCACCUGAGCACCUGAGAGCACCUGAGAAGAGGUUGCAGUUUUGUUGUGUGAAGGAAUGUCCAUGGUGUGGUGCCAGGCACACGGUUGAGAGGUCCAUCCCAUCCCAUCUGAGCCGAGCUCCUGGACCGACCCACUGCUGCACGCGGUUUAUGCUCACCUGCCGAACAGCGGAAAUGCGCGCCUUGAUGUGCUGCCUCGUUUGAUGUGAAGCCCCCCCUUGCCUUCCCCAGUGCCUCGCACUGCAUGCUCACGUCACGGACCUUAUCCCCGCUGUUGCUGUGUGCCUUCUCCCCGCCAUGUAGGAUUUGAUGCGCAAGCAUGAGGGCUGUCCAUUGUGUAAUGUUGUCAUGAUGGGUUCAUAUAGCCUAGACUUGUGCUGUGCACUGUAACCAGACUCGUUGACUGAAAGAGGUGUAGUGGUAGGGCCAACAUGGAGGGCUUCACGUGCGGCACCGUGCAGCACCGAGAAUUGCGGGCGCGAGAGGGAAGCCGCGAAGUUGGCGCGAUCUGGCCAGAGCGGAGUCCAGCAGACCGACUUUGUUGCUGCGAGGGCUUCGCGGCGACUGCGGCCGCCACCAUCGCACACUCGAGCGUGGCGCGGGGGAUCGCCAGCUAGUUCAGGACGGCACGCACCCGCGGCAUAUAAUCUCUCUCAUUGGAAGUGAAUUUUUGGCGCGCCUGCUCCCCGCGUCUUCCGCGUAAUGGAUCCCGUUGCCGCCUCUCCCGAUAUCAACACAACGGACGGCCAGCGAUCUUCGUUGUCGCUAGCUGAAUCUGGACCGUCCGUCAGUCUCCACGUGGCGCUGCCAGAUGGCUUCUCGCUCGCCGCCGCUGUGUGCAGCUACGGAUUCUUCAUGAUGGCGCCGACCGUCUGGAUCCCGCCACGUGGCAGCGAAUCAACGGCUCCGAGGGGCCUGGAAGUGAAGAGGGAGACGGAGGAGGCGGCGGUGGCAGACCCGGGGAGAGCGGAAGCAAAGAACGGAAAGGGGGACGCGGGGCGCGAUGACGAGCGCGGUGCGACGAUGCGGGCGGCGGGGAGCGGGCAGCGUGGUGGGGCGAGGGGGAAGCGGUGGGAGAGCAUGGGAGAGGGGAGAGCGCGCGUGGGGCGCCAUGGAGAGGGCGCUGAGACUGGCGGACGGGCGCGCGGUGAUGGUGCGACUCACGCAGCAUCGGGCUGCUGACGUCGCACAGCUCGUUGUUGACGUCAUGGAGUGUGGUGGCGAUGGUGCGGCAGACCAGAAAGGGCCAGACGCUGACGUCAGCUCGUGCGCAAGUGACGUCACAAGAGAAGUUUGCAGCGCUGGUGGUGCUGCUGAUGGUCCUGGCGACGGCAGUGGCAGCAGGAGUGGUUGUGACAACAGCAGGAGCGUGCCAGUAACGAGCGGAUACUGUCUAAGAGUUAGGGUUAUGGGGCUGACUGCAAUCUCUCAAGAGGACAGAACACGGCUGUUGUGCCAGGUGCGGCGCAUGCUGCGCCUGUCCCCCGCGUGCCUCGCCUCGCUGCGCGCCUUUCAUCGCCUGCACCCCGCCGCUGCUGCCGCUGGCUUCGGUCGUCUCUUCCGCUCGCCCGCGCUGUUUGAGGACCUUGUCAAGGCGCAGCUGCUGUGCAACUGCGGGUGGGGCAGAACGCUGGCCAUGGCGCGCGCGCUCUGCCAGCUGCACGCGCACCACUUCGGCCCGCCCAUCGGCGCUCGCGAUUCCCAUGCCUGCAUAGGUGCGUUUCCCGAGCCUCACGAGCUCGCAGGCUUGGAGAUCCAAUACCUGACCAGCAGGUGCGGGCUGGGAUACCGAGGGCCACGGAUUGCCAGGCUGGCAGCUGACGUGGCAUCUGGUGCCAUUGACCUGGCAGCGCUUGAAAGGGGCUGCCUGCAGAGCGGUGUUGACGUGGCAGUGGUGGAGUGGGGAAGGGUGGAAAGCGGGGGGGCGGAGAGUGGGUGUGGGAGGGAGGAGGAGGGCGGGAUGGAACGAGCAGGAGACCUUGCUGCGCCUGCAGACGCGGGUGCGCACAGGGCCGUGGCGGCACUGGCGGCCCGCGUGUACAGCAGGAAGAGGAGGCGCGGUGCGCAGGAGCAGGGGUGUGCGGUGGAGCUGCAGAGGGGAAGAUCGGAUGGCCUGAUGCUGCCAGCGGGUGGUGGCUGCGUGCUGCCGGCCGUGGAGGCACGCAUGGUGGAGCGCCAGCAAGGGUGUAGUGCUGCAGUUGAAAGGCAGCAGUGCGGCGGUGCUGGCGCAGGCAGCCGGAAGGCGGAUGAGGCGAGGGGGCAGGGGAAGGGCAGGGCGAUGGAGGAGGCGCCGUGGGAGGAGGCGGCGAGGCGGAGGGUGCUGAAUCUGCCGGGCUUUGGGCCGUAUUCGUCCGCCAACGUGCUGCAGUGCAUGGGCGUCUUCUGCUUCGUGCCCGCCGACUCUGAGACCAUCCGCUACCUCAAGCACGUGAAGGGGCAUGCCUCGUGCACACCGCACAAUGCGGAGUCGCUGGCAGCACAGGCAUACGCCCCCUACGCGCCCUUCCAGUUCCUCGCCUACUGGUGGGAGAUCUGGCAGGACUACGAGCGUGUGUUUGGGCCCAUGGCCCACCUGUCACCAUCGCGCUACCAUCUCAUCACGGGGCACAACAUGCGCAAGGAAGGGGUGGGUAGAUUGGAGGCACAGGGAGAUGUGGAUGCGAAGCUUGCUGGUGGCGCCGAGUGGGGAGUGCAGCCAGGCAGUGCUGGCGAGCGGUCCAGAGGCAGUGUAAGCAGCGCUGCCAGCAGCGGCACGCGCUCCUCCGAUGCGGGGACCAGCGCUGGCGCUGCCAUGGCGCACGGUGGAGUGGCACCAGGAGGUGGGUGUGCGCAUGACCGCCUCCCUCAUGUGCGCGCACCCCGCAGCAUGGUCAGUGCGCCGCAUGGCAGUGCGGCUGCUGUGCCUCCAUGUGAUGCCCGUUCAACUUCAAGCCGGGCUAUGUCAGCCCGACGCCCUCCCCAGUCAACAGUUGGCCGUGCAAAGUCAGCCCGUGGCCGCGCGGAAGUACCGCAGCGUGAGGCCACUGGGAGGAGAGCGCGAGCAGCGACGAGCGGCACAGCAGACGGUGGGGGAAAGAGCGUGGCUGGCGCGGAGAUGGGGGCUGAGGGGAGCGGUGAGGACAAAAAGGCGCGUGCAGCAGGAGCAGUGGCAGCUGGGGGGCUGUGCGGCGCAGCAGCAGCAGCACUGGCAGGGGCUGCUGGGCCCAGUGCAGCAGGUGAAGCAGGAGCUGCAAGCGGUGUGGCUGCUGCCAUGGCAUGUGUGGCUGGUGGCGUGUGCACGAGGAGCAGGAGCAGGCGCCUGGCACAGGGCUCGCAGCACAGCGAGGGGAGUGGUGCAGCUGCCAGCAGCCCCCCGUUGGGGCCAGUCCUUGGUGCGAAAGAGGGGGGGGAUGUGAGCACGUGUAGGAAGCAGUGCGGGAGAGUGGCGGCGAGGCUGAAGGGGGUGAGCAGCUGGGCGUGCAGGGGGGUGCUGGAGGGGGGGUCAGGAGUCAUGGUGGUGGAGGGGGGAGGAGAAAAGGAAGGAGGACGCAGAGGAAAGUAGGAGGGGGAAAGGUGGGGACGGAUGAGAUGGGGGGGAGGGAGGUGGCUGAGGCGAGAGGAGGGGAGCAGGAGAUGGCGGUGGUGGUACAGACUGGUGAGGAGAAGGGGGGCCAGUGUGUGGGUUCGGAGGCAGUGAAGGGCGAGCAGCAGUGGAGGGAGAACGGGCAGGGGCUGCAGGGAGAAGAGCAGCGGGGCGAGGCAGGGAAGGGAGGGGCAGAGUGGGUGCAGGCAUGGGGGCACGGGGUGCAGGAGGGGCAGGGCGGAGGGAGGUGGCUCUCAGGAGGCGAAGUGGGAGUGGCGGCUGCAUGGGCUGUGGAAGCGGUGCAAGGGAGCAGUGGGAGUGAGCUAGCAGGCGGGCACGGGGGGACGGCUGUGCUGGUUGGUGCUGACAGCCACAAGUCAGCUGCCAGGUACCACCCAAACAGGCGGCUGCAGCUGUAGGACUGAGGGCGAUGUUGAGGUAGGCGUGACACGCGAGCAGGCGUCAAAUUUGAAGGGUGUUUCACCCUGAUUGCCCUUGCCAGCGGCCGCUUUUUCAGGAUCACCCUGAUUUUGUAAGGACAUUUUUUCGUGACCCUUAGUCAAAAAGUGUAAGAUUGUUUUUGUUGUGAUAAAAUCGUACUUCAGCA